AUGACGGCGAAGAUGGCGGAGAGAAAUACCCGCAGAAAGCUUACAACAGGGAUCCCACCGCCUUCGAGGCCGCAGGGCGCUGUUACCAGCGCAGCUGCGCAGACGACCCCCUGUGCACCGUGGGUGGCAUGCAGGAGUUCGAGGCGCCGCCGAAUGCCACCGUGCCCGCCGGCGACGUGCUGCUUUAUUUCGACUUUGCGCAUCCCCUUUCCGCGCCCUUCUCGCGCAUGUCGGGAGACGACCACGCAAACAUCUUCCACCUCACCUCGAACAACGAGCACGCCAGCCUCCGAACGCCCGGCCGCGUGCUGCGAGUCGUCGGGAGCAUCCCACCGGCUCCCCCCCCCGGACGACGACGACGCCCACGCCUUCGCCACGGCGGCGGGCCUGGCCCGGCACCACAGCGGCUUCCGGCCUGCCCGGGAGUUCAUGGACGAGGCUAGCCUCGGCGCCGUGCAGGAGCAGCUUGGCGAGGUGUGCAGGACCCACGGGCAGCGCGUCCAGCGGCGGCUGACGGCGCCCCGCCUGGACUCGGGGACCGUGGACACCUGCAGGCGGAAGCACGGCUACAACUCCCUGCGCUUCGAGCCUUGCUUGGUGCUCGUUGGCUGCAAGCGCGUGGACCCGGAGGAGGACCUCCUGCCCUUCCACGGGCCCUGGUUCUCUCAGCUCCCGUACGACAUUGUGGCCUGGCAGCAGCCCGCUCCCAUGUGCUGCGCGGAUGCUUACAACAUCGACAUGAGGGACGAGCACCUGCGCGAGGUCUUCUUCCGCAAGAUCGGCUUCCAGGAUCCCACGAGAGUGAACUUGGGCAGCGUCGGAGACGCGGGCGCGAAGCAGAUGAUGGGCCAGUCGUUGCAACAGGGCGCCAAGGCCAUGAAGCACCUGCUGGCCUACGAGAUCAAGGACGAGCCUACUGUGGAGUGGCUGGCUGGAUUCAUUCUCCGGCUUGUGCACGCGAGUCAUGGCCUCAACAAGUUCAUGCUCGAGCUGAUGGACACCGUCGACGCCGAAGGGGACGAGGAUGUGGAGAUGUCCGCUGAUGGGAACUCCUUUGUACAGGCCCACGAGCUUGGAGACUUGGUGGCGCCGUCGGGGCGCAGGGCAUUCGAGGUGGCCCGCUGGUCUGCAGAGCGAGGCGCCUUCCUGCAGGUGGCAGCCGGCAACGGCACCCUGGCCUCCAUCGGCAGCGCCGCCUGGAAGGUUGCCAAGCAGAUCCCUGGAGCGAUCUACAACUACGGGAUGAAGCCCGUGUGGAAGUACGUGAUGAAUCCCCUCGCGAAGUGGGGCCUCUCGAUCUCCAAGUGGGUCCUGGAGCACCCCCGCGCCGCCCUCUUCAUCUCCAAGAUCGCCCUGCAGGUCCGCGACCGCAUGUGCGAGAAGACGUCCGCCUUCGUCUACGGCCAGCCCGAGACGCACGCCGUGGGGGCUUUCUCGAAGGUGUCCGAGAAGGUGGAUGAUUUCAGGGAGUACAUGUCGUCGACCUUCUCCCCGGCCGUCCUGCUCACCGGGCUGCAGAAGGCGCUGGAGAGCAGCGGCUUCAUGGGGAGGCUGCGGUCGCUGGGCAGCGCGGCCUUCGGGCCCAUCAUGGCCUGGGCCGGGCUCGCCACGGGCGGCGCCGCGGCGGCACUCAUCGGGGGCCUGGCCUCCAUGAUGGCCGACGCGGCCAUCGAUGCCAGCAAGAUGGCGCUGGAGUUCAUGGUGUACCAGGAGAUAGCCAAGGAGGUCCCCUCCAACCUCUACGACAUGCUCAUGUCCAAGUGCCUGUUCCAGAGGGCGAACCACACGCGGGUCACGCUGGGGGCCACCGCGGACGAGGUGCAGGUUGCCGCUCGCCAGGCCGUGGCGCAGGUGUCGGAGCAGGUCGCGGAGCAGGGCGCCCACCUGCUGGGAUCCAUGAAGCGCUUCUCCUCCUUCUUCGCCGGCUCCGACUCGGGGUCUUCGUUCUUCGAGGUCUCCUCUGGCAACGGCACGCGGCGCCCCGAGAUCUGA